AUGGCGCGCGCUGCAGUAAUCCCGCAAUCCCCUGCAAAACGGGUCCGAACUUCAACCAAGUCGACAGCUGCUGCCGAUGCAAAGAAGAAAGCCCCUCGCAGAGCAACACCAGCACCACGGACUGCGACCCCUGCUCUAGAUACUGAGUCCGAUGAUGAGCUGGGAUUUAUCACAAGCAAACCCGCGAAACCCAGCGGACGUCCUCCUGGCCGCCCAGCUACCAAGCCAAAAGUGACUGCAACUGUGACUGCCCGAGGAAAGAAAGCUUCCUCGGAGUCUGUUGCCGACAAGUCAAAACCCCAAAAUAAUGCCAACGAAAAUGAGCUAGGACAACAAACCGAGGCGCCAAAGAAGCGUGUUGGAAGACCAAGAAAAAAUCCGUUGCCCGCAGAAGCUGCUGCGGCCAAGCUUGAGGCAGCACCGAAAACCAGGGGACGACCAAGAGCAGGAACAACAGCGAAGGCCCCUGCGACCCGUGAAACGGCGGCCACGAGCAGGCGGACACGUGCGGCGGUUGAUACAGCGAGUGAGAUGAAAUCGAACCAAAUUAGGAUUGCGACCCACUCGACAACUAUGCGAUCAAAUCUCCUGCAAGGGCCCGCCAAGAAGAAGACGGUGAAAUUCCAGGAUGUCUCGGAUUCCGAAGCCGAGGACUCUGCGCCCGAGGUUCCUGCUGUUGGCCGUCGACGAGUAGCGACUAAGGGCGCGGGCGUUGGUAAGACCGGGCUCGGAGCGACCCCAGUUCGCAAGCCCGCGACAACCGGUACUCGCGGAAGAAAGCCAGCUGCAGCGAAGAAGGAUGCGACCCAACCAUUAUCUCCCAAGAAGGCCAAGCAGGUGGCCAAGUCUCUAUCAGCAUACGCAAGCUCCGAUGGUGAAGACGAUGAAUUGAAUACCAUUAAGGACGACACCAAGGAUCUGGUUAGACUUGUUGUUCAUUCGCCUGUUAAGCAUGGCUUGGAAACCACAGGACUGAGCUCUCCUGUACGGAGGAUCAACUUUACACCCAAGAAGGCGUCCAGCUUCACGGACGAGAAUGGCGAACCGAAACUACCAACACCAAAACACGGAUCAGACGGCAUCGGUCUUAGCUCCCCGGUCAGGAAAGUCAACUUUGCGCCGAACCGCAGCCAGAACGCAGUCGUAGAUAAUGGUCACCUCGCUCUUCCACCUGGCAAUUCAGUUAUUUUCAGUGAUUCCAUGAUCAUGUCUAGCCCUGCGAGACGACCGGCGCCAUCAUCUCCAUUCCAGUUCUCCAUGAGAGACACCCCGAACCGUGGGGGUUCCCUCUUCCGGGACAGUGUGAAUCCGAUUUCCGCCCCUGAUUUCACACCUGGACGCACUUCUCCACUGAAGAUGUCACCUAAGAAGGGUUAUUUGGGUGCUUCUUUCUCGCAAUCGCCUUUCAAGGCUCCUACAUCAGCUGCCCCUGCUCGGACUCCCUUAUUUCAAAACCCCGCAAAGAGAAUAGCUUCUCCAUUAAAAAACUCGAUAUUCUCUGCUCAUGCAUCUGUGGGACCCUCCAAACCCAUGGACAAUGAUGGAACCCCUUCCAAGACGGUUGAACUCGCACAAUCCACCACCCCCAAAUCCUUGCCAAGGGAAAGCCAGCCUGACGAGGCGGCCUUUGAAAAGGACACUGAAAUGGUCGAGGAUGUGGCUCGAGACAUCUUUGGCAUUGAGCUGUCUUCUGAUGGCAAGACAUCAUCGAUUUCUCCUAUCCAGAAAGAUAUUGCUUUCUCGGCAGUAGCCCGAGAGUCAUUCAAUGAUGGAAACACUGACACUGUCUCCGCGGAGGUGGAGGCCGACGAAGACUCAGACCUGACAGAAGAUGAAGGUGAAUAUCUUCAAGAUAAGCCUCAGCCCGAGUACGAAGAGCCUGAAACGAUUAGCUUCGACGUCAUGGAAGAGGACAACAUGGCAACGGAAGACCUUUAUGACCAAGAGCUUCAGGAAAACUCAGGAUCCGGAGCCAGCGAAGAACUUGAAGACCAGGCUCAAUUCGACUACGAAGAAGCCGACACAAUUUGCUUUGACGCCAUGGAAGACGCCCAAUUGGCAGCGCGUGAUCUCCAUGACCAACCAGUCCAGGAAGCCUCAGACUUGGAAGAAGGCGAAGAUCUCCAAGACGAGAGCGAAUUUGAAUACGAAGAAGCCGAUACAGUUUGCUUCGACACCUUGGAAGACGCCGAAUUGGCAGCGCAUGAUCUUCAUGACCAACAUGUCCAAGAAGCCUCAGACCUGGAGGAAGGGGAAGAUCUCCAAGACGAGAGCGAAUUUGAGUACGAGGAGCUUGAAACAAUUUGCUUUGACGCCAUGGAAGAUGCACACCUCGCGGAGAAUGACCUGUAUGAUGAAGAAGGUCAGGUGGCAGACUCAGUUAUGGAGGACACGAAGUAUCCCGAAGAAGAGCUGGCGGUACUGGAGCGCGAGAUUGAGGAAGAAGAGCGCCAAAAUCUUGAUAUACGAUCCCAGUCCAUAGAAUCGACCCCGGAACCUUCGCGAACUACGGAGAUGCAAGAGCUAGACAUGGAAGACCAGCCAAAUGAACAUGCUUCGCCCUCCAGAUCACCAUUGCAUUUAACCCGUGGCGAUGAAGCCCAACCAACGGUUGACUUGGAAUAUUCCUCGGAAAGUGAACGUGAAUGGCAAGAGGAGGCCAUUCAACAACCCGAGGAAGAGGAACAAGUGAUGGCCGAGGAGAGCGAAGUGGAAGACACUGAGUCUAUCCUGGCCGGACCUGAGUUUUCUAGAAUAUCGUCCAAGCCUGCCUCGCCACAUGAGAGCAACCAUGUGGAGGAUAUUACAACCCCACCCAAAAGGAAGCAAGCGACUCCUUUGCCACAACCAAGUUGCACGGGCGGUGAAUCUACACCCUUGUCCUUGAAUCGCCCAGACAACUCAGAGAAUGAUCAUGACUCCACCCUCGAUGCCAAGAAUGCCAAUAAUGUCAUCAUGGACGCGCCCCUGCAUGAAGAAAAUAGUUGGACGCCAAGCACCCAAGUCGACAGCCCUGCGUUAGUGGCACCCAGUCUCUUCAACACACCAAGCGUUGAUGAUCAGCACCAAUCCCCUGCUGAGGUUAGCUUAGGUUUUACGCCAUUGGCACACAAGUUUGGCUGUUGGGAACAAAAUACCCCUUCCCAAGCUAGAUCACUCCGACCGCGUCGCCGUGGAGUUUUCUCGUUAGUAGGCCCCUUGGACCGAACCAACACGGAAACUCCGACGAAUUCUGAUAGCGUGUCGUAUCCCAAUCUCUCAAAGAGCCCUUUGGCACAAACCCCCUCUUUGUUUGCCGAAUUGCCACUUCAGCCUCAAAGCAAUAAUACUUGCAUAAGCCCUGAGUAUGAACGGACUCCACGGCCAUCUUCCAUCCAUGAAGACCAUCAAAUAAUUGAUCCGCCAAGCAAAAGCACGGAUAUCUUCGAGGACCCUGACUCGGGAAUCAUUGAACAGGAGCAUACUUUUGCCGCCCAACCCCCGCAAGAUCAGGAUCAAGAGUUCCAUCUACUCGAGGACAAAGAGAACUGCGGUCCUCCGAUUCUCCCGUCAACCCCAAUGAAGGCGCAAUUCCAACCCGACGAGUUACGCACCAUUCAUACAGUGUCAAAAGUGCCUUUGAAAGCCGAAGGCGACGUAUCACCUCUCAAGCUGCCCCGCAAGAGAGGUCUGUCUCUCUCGAGCACAUCCCCCACUCGGUCUUCCCCGCGUGUUCGCAAGCCAACUUUUAUGGCACUGAAUGACAGUGUGCCGAUUCUGUCUCCCUCCCGGAAAUCUCCACGGGUGAGCAGAAGUCCGACACCAAAACGCCGCUCUAUCACGGCUAGACGCAGCAGUGCAAAAGCACCAGUGAUGGCUGCGCUCGGUACUCCUGCCGCAACCGCCAGCCCUGCCAAGAAGCCACGUCGUAGCAUCAGCACUGAACAGAAGGCUCUACAUGGGGCAGUCGUGCAUGUGGAUGUUCAUACCACCGAGGGUGAGGAUGCCUCUGGUAUCUUUGUGGAACUUUUGCAGCAAAUGGGCGCCCGAUGUGUGAAGUCCUGGUCCUGGAACCCUCAUUCCAGUCUCUCGCCGGUUGAUGGUGUAGAGCCCAAGGACUUGAGAGUUGGAAUCACCCAUGUUGUGUACAAAGAUGGUGGCCUGCGGACUCUGGAGAAAGUCAAGAAGGCAGCGGGUCUUGUCAAGUGUGUUGGAGUCGGCUGGGUUCUCGAUUGUGAACGCGAAAACCAGUGGCUUGAUGAAACCCCGUACGCCGUUGACAGCUCUAUCAUCCCACGCGGAGGCGCCAAGCGCCGCAAGAGUAUGGAGCCUCGUGCACUAAGCAAUGUGAACGGAACACUCGUGCGCAUUUCUGAAUCUCCCGCGCCAUCUGCCGGCGGACGUCGCAGUGGUGUCAAUCCGGGUGCCGUUGAGGGUUUCCGCAAGAUCACACCUCCGACCCACCAGCUGGAGAUGCCGUCCACACCCCCACAACAAUCUUCCGCUGAUAGUUACCAAUUCCCUGCCACUCCAGGAUACAACUUUGCCAACCUUGAUGCCAUUGGUAUGUCGCCCGCUACACCAGGAUUCCUUGGAAACCGCUCCAAGCUUGUCCAGCAAUCUUGCCCGCCAAAGCAGAGCAACCGAGGUCUCUUCCCGAGUGCUAAGCCUGCGAGUAUUAUUUUGGAUGAGGGGCAAGAUGAGGAAUCCAGGAGACAGCGCCGCUUCCGUAUGGAGGCUGCUAGGCGUAAGAGUCUUGUUUACAAGCCUGCUGUUGGUAGCCCUCUUGUUCCUUGA